GUGCCUCAUGAGAAUAAAGGCUGAAAGCCAGCAUAUGCCCUAAAGAGAAGCGCCAUUCGUUUUCCAAAGGGGAGUUGGUGAAAUUGUGGUAAAAUUUGACGUCUUUUUAUAGGAGGAGACCUACCUAACCCCAAGCCUAUUCCUUUAACUCAAAUCUUCUCUACCUUGUCCUGGGCAUAACCAAAUCCCACUAUUAACCUCUCUGUAAAUAUAACAAAUAUAAAAGAGAGAAAGGCAGCACAUGGCUGUCCAUUCUGGUGAAGAAGCUUCAAAAUAUUAGUGGGCAGGGGAGUUAGAGAAGGGCUAUAAAUCUGCCUCCAUGUCUUAAGAGUUUAGUGCAUUGAAUGCUUUGAAAUCCAAAGUUUGUGCAGAAGGCUUGUGGCCUAUAUUUUCGUUAGCAAAGAUGAGGAUGAGCUUUAUGGGUUUUAUUGUUUGGUUACUCUUAGGUCUAUUUUGCUGUGUGAAAGCUGAUCUGCAAUUAGGCUUCUACGACAAAAGCUGUCCCAAGGCGGAGAAGAUCAUCUCGGACUUUGUUAAGAAGCACAUCCCAAACGCACCAACUUUGGCAUCACCUCUCCUUAGAAUGCAUUUCCAUGACUGCUUUGUGAGGGGUUGUGAUGGCUCUGUUCUCAUUAAUUCCACUAGCAACAACCAAGCUGAGAAAGCGGCAACUCCGAACUUGACCCUUCGUGGGUUCGGUUUCAUCGACAGUGUGAAGAGCUUGGUAGAGAAGGAGUGCCCAGGUGUUGUUUCAUGUGCAGAUAUUGUUGCAUUAGUUGCAAGGGAUGCAGUGGGAGUCAUAGGAGGACCCUAUUGGAGAGUUCCAACAGGGCGCAGGGAUGGGUUGAUCUCCAACUCCACAGAAGCUUUGAACAACAUUCCAGCCCCUACAUUUAAUUUUAGUGCGCUUCAAACAUCCUUUGCUAACAAAGGGCUCAAUGUGACAGAUCUAAUUUGGUUAUCUGGAGCUCACACAAUUGGUAUUGGCCAUUGCUCAUCCUUUAGCAGUCGUCUCUACAACUUCACAGGAAAAGGUGGUCAGGAUCCUUCUCUGGACAGAUUCUAUGCUGCAAAUUUGAAGAAGGCGUGCAAGUCCCUGAACGACAAUGUAACUUUUGUCGAAAUGGAUCCAGGAAGUUUUAGAACAUUUGAUCUUGGGUACUAUAAGAAUGUACUCAAGAGAAGAGGUCUCUUUCAAUCUGAUGCAGCUCUGAUAACCAAUGCUCCCACCAAGUCUUCCAUUAUGAACCUUGUUAAUAGCCCUCCUGAAGUUUUCUUCCAAGAAUUCGCUUUGUCCAUGGAGAAGAUGGGCAGGAUUGAGGUUAAGGCGGGAACAACUGGGGAGAUCAGGAAGAAUUGUGCUGUUGUGAAUAGUUAGAAUAAAAUAUAUCAGGGCAGGUUCCAUUUAAUUGUGUUCUUUGAUAUGUUAUGUUUUGUAUGUGAGAAUAAAAAUGUUGAAUGGUGUGUUGUUAUAGUUCUGCUCUCUAAAGAUAGUUUCUUUUCUUUUUUUUUCUUUCAAUAAAGAAUCACCUUUAGUAAA